AUGUUCAGAUUAAGAGCUCAAUCCAAAUCAAUCAUCAUGCCAAUCUUAAAGAAAAAUUUAACUUCUUCAACUAUUAAAGGUGAUUUAUUUAAAUAUCAAUCUCAAUUACCAAAAUUACCAGUUCCAACUUUACAAGAAACUGGUUCGAAAUAUCUUAGAUCCAUUGAACCUUACUUAUCUCCUGAACAAUUGAAAUCAACCACUUCAAAAGUUGAAAAUUUCAUUAAUAAUGAAGGUCAAGUUUUACAAUCAAGAUUAGUUGAUUUUGCUCAAUCAAAAGAUAAUUGGUUAGCUGAAUUUUGGGAUGAUUAUGCUUAUAUGUCAUAUCGUGAUCCAGUUGUUCCUUAUGUAUCUUAUUUCUUCAGUCAUAAAGAUAUCAAUAAUCAAAUUGGUAAAGAUCAAUUAUUAAAAGCAACUUUAUUAACUUAUUAUACCGUUGAAUUCUUAGAACAAGUUCAAUCUGAAACUUUAGCUCCAGAAAUUAUUAAAGGUAAUCCAUUCUGUAUGAAUGCUUUCCAUUAUAUGUUUAAUAAUUCCAGAGUUCCAGCUCCAAAUGUUGAUAUUACUAAACAUUAUGAUGGUUCUAAACAUCAAUAUUUUAUCGUUAUUUAUAAUAAUAAUUUUUAUAAAGUUCCUCAUCAUGGAACUAAUGGGGAAAAAUUAUCAAAACUGCAAAUUUAUAAUUUAUUACAAUCGAUUAAAAAUUCAAAUGUUCCAAAAGGUGAAGGUGUUGGAGCUUUAACUUCUUUAAAUAGAGAUGAAUGGUUAGCAGCUUAUGAAAAUUUAAAAAAAUCUCCUAUAAAUGAUGCAUCAUUAGAAACUAUUUUUGCUUCAUCAUUUGUUAUUUGUUUAGAUAAUCAUAAUCCAAUCACUAUUGAAGAAAAAUCGAAAAAUUGUUGGCAUGGUGAUGGUCAAAAUAGAUUUUUUGACAAACCUUUAGAAUUCUUUAUUAGUGCUAAUGGUAAUUCUGGUUUCCUUGGUGAACAUUCAAGAAUGGAUGCUACUCCAACCGUUCAAUUAAAUAAUACUAUUUUAAAACAAAUCUCGGAAGAAGAUUCUCAUGCUUUAGUUGCUGAAAUUAAUCAAUCUCCAUCUAUAAUUGAUUAUAAACCAGAAUUAUUAUCCUUUGAUCUUAAUCCAGCUUCAAGAUUAAAUAUUAAUACUGCUAUUGAAAAAUUCAGUCAAACUAUUGCUGCUCAUGAUCAACAAAUUUUCCAACAUUAUGGUUAUGGUAAAGGAUUAAUUAAAAAAUUCAAAGUUUCUCCAGAUGCUUUUGUUCAAUUAUUAAUGCAAUUAUCUUAUUAUAAAUUAACUGGAAAAAUUAGACCAACUUAUGAAUCAGCCGCUACCAGAAAAUUCUUAAAAGGUAGAACUGAAACUGGUAGAUCUGUUUCAAUUGAAUCUAAAAAAUUCGUUGAAACUUGGUCUUCACCAACUGCCACCAUUGCUGAAAAAGUUGAAACUUUCCAAAAAGCCGCUAAACAACAUGUUACUUAUCUUUCUGAAGCUGCUGAUGGUAAAGGAGUUGAUCGUCAUUUAUUUGGGUUAAAACAAAUGAUUAAAUCAGGUGAAUCAGUUCCAGAAAUCUUUACUGAUCCAAUCUUCACUUAUUCUCAAACUUGGUAUAUCUCAUCAUCACAAAUUCCAUCUGAAUAUUUCCAAAGUUGGGGUUGGUCUCAAGUUAUUGAUGAUGGGUUUGGAUUGGCUUAUUUGAUUAAUAAUGAUUGGUUACAUAUUCAUAUCUCUUGUAAAAAGGGUAAUGGAUUGAAAUCAGACCAUUUGAAAGCAUACUUGAUUGAAUCAGCUAAUGAAUUAAAAGAUAUCUUAUCUCAAGGUUUAUUAGAUCCAAAACCAAAAUUAUAA